UCGCGAGUAGAACUAGAGACUUCCGGCGCGGGAAGAGCGACGGAAAUGGACGGAAGUGCGACGGAAACGAGCGAACUCGCGUCGCCCCGGCGACAUUGGACGACGGCGUUCGUCAACGAAUAUUGACAGGUGGAUCUUUCUGUCACCGAGCGAUUUUCGCUGAUUUGCGAGAUUGACCCGGCCAAGCUCAGGAUUCGCGCGAAGAGAUGCCGCCGACGAUGCCGCCCGACUCCCAUCAAAUUUCGCUGAAGAUCAUAGAAGCCAUCAAGCAACAUCCGGUGCUGUAUUGUACAGAAGUGAAGGGCUUGUCGAUUAAAUUACAAGAGUUUAAGCAGAAAGUUUGGAAGCGCAUCUCGGACGAGCUCGGACUAGAUCCAAUGUGGGUGAGAUUGAAAUGGAAAAAUCUUAGGGACACCUAUUGCCGUAUCUUGAAAUAUAAGAAUAAAACAGAAGAGGGUGUUAGAAGGAAAAAAUGGAUUUUUGAAGAUCAUUUGAGCUUUUUAAAAUUCCCAUACGAAGCAGAUUAUCAACCGCAAUGUGUAGAACUGACUAAGGAAUAUAUACAAGAUAUAAACUCAGGUGAAAUUAGUUCUGAAGGUUUGCUGGAGCAAUUGGAAGAUCGAAAUGACGAAGACUAUAGCGAAUACUUGGAGGUUAUAGACGAUACAGCAGCUGACCCAGUUGUGGUGGAACCUGAAGUAAUAGAAACAUUGGACAACAAUGAUGUGCAAUUGGAUACACAGAAUAUAGAAGUCGAACACGACAUGACACAGCAAGACAUUGAUAGUUGUGUCCAACAGAUACAGUCAAAGUAUCGAAAGAUACGUCCAAAACGAAUGAAGGUCGAUUAUCCUCCAUCAACUUCAGAAGCAUCUAACUCUUAUAAUGUAAUAAAGACCUCUUCCUUUAAAACUAAUAAUGGAAGUACAGUUGAUACUGGUACAGUGUUUAGCCCUCUUUUCAUAACCACUCCAUUAACACCAAGUACACUUACCUCGCCUACAAAAAAAUCGUGCAGUGCAAAGGAUAAUGAUCCCAAUUUCGAACAAGUUUACUUGGCUCCUGAGAGUAAGAGUAGUAUAGAGCUAUUUUUUGAUAGCAUGGCACAGACAGUAAAAAAGUUGCCACCAAAGGCGCAGGCAGAUAUCAAGAUGAACAUAUGUAAGAUUGUCACAGAAACAGAAAUACAAUAUUCUGGCCAGAGCAAGCCACAAAGUACACAACAAUUUGUAGCACCACCUGGUAUGAUACCUAAGUUGGUGUUGAUUCCUUGUAACAUGAUAGAUAAUCAAAAUGUUAAAGAGUAAUUCAUUUUUGUCAAUUGCAAUGUAAGUAAUGUUAAUAGAUUUGAUGCAAUGACUGUUUUAAGAUUAUUUUAACUUUAUUAUAAUGACAAAGAUUAUUCUCUACUU